GCCAAUCUCAAACGCCAGCUCAAGAGCCGACACAUUGCUAUGAUCAGUAUAGGCGGUGUAAUCGGAACCGGCCUUUUCCUCGGAACGGCGACAGCGCUAAAGAACGCGGGGCCAGUAGGCGCGCUUCUGGCGUACACGUUCAUUGGAAGCAUAUGUUUUUGCGUCAUGGUGUCGGUCGGGGAGAUGAUCUCUUUGUUACCUGUUGCAGGGGGGCAUAUCCGUCUUGCAGCUCGCUUUGUCGAUCCGUCAUUUUCUUUUGCACUAGGCUGGACGCUGUGGUAUGGAUGGUCAGUGUUAUUAAACAUCAAAUUAAUAGCGGAGUUAUCAGCUGCAGCGACGCUCAUAGACUAUUGGCAACCAGGCGUCAACAACGCUGUCUGGGUUACGGUAUGCCUGGUCGUUGCUGUUGGUAUCAACAUGUUCGGGGUAGGGAUUUAUGGCGAAUCGGAGUUCAUAUUCUGCUCUAUCAAAGUGAUCACGAUAGUAGGACUAAUCAUCCUUGGAAUCGUGCUUGACCUCGGCGGAGGACCGGAUCACGACCGUCUUGGUUUUCGCUAUUGGAUUUCACCCGGACCAUUUGUGCAGUAUAACGGAAUCAGCGGCACGACAGGACGCGUAGUUGGCUGGGUGUCGGCUACAAUCCAAGCAGCAUUCUCUUUUUGUGGUACUGAGGUUGUAGCGAUCACCGCAGCUGAAGUGAAGAACCCGCAUCGCAAUCUUCCUCGGGCUAUACGUCGAGUAUACGCAAGGAUACUCGUAUUUUACAUCGGAAGCGUUUUCAUCAUUGGCUUGCUUGUACCAUCGAAUGACCCUCUCUUGAACCUUGACUCUGGGAACGCGUCAGCUUCGCCAUUCGUUAUAGCCAUCAAUCGUGCCGGUAUACGGGGACUUCCAUCAGUGAUUAAUGCGGCCUUCUUGACCUCAGCGUGGUCAGCCGCAUCUGGGGACCUAUACUUCGCGUCUCGUGCUCUAUACGGUAUGGCUGCUGCUGGUAAUGCACCAAGAUUAUUCCUCCGCACGACCCGGUCGGGGCUCCCUAUAGCGUCUGUGGCGUUUUGCGCUUUGUUUACCCUGCUUGCAUAUAUGACGACCAGCGCGAGUGCCGGGGAAGUUUUCACAUGGUUCGCAAACAUGACCGCGACUUGUGGUCUGUGGGGUUGGUGCGCAAUAGGUAUCAUGUACGUGCGCUACCAUGCAGGGUUCAAAGCACAGAUGCUGGAUAAAUGCGCGCUUCCGUACUGGUCUCGCUUGCAGCCCUUUGCAGCGUGGUGGGUAAUUUUUGCCUGUGGGAUUACCAUGAUUUUCAGUGGCUUUGAGGUUUUUCUCCAUGGUCAAUGGUCCACCGCGACGUUCAUAACCAAUUACUUGCCGAUUGCUCUUUUCCCAAUUCUCUACAGCCUGUCGAAACUCGCUACACGGAUUCCGCUUGUUUCUCCACAAGACAUGGACUUCGUGACCGGAUCGCACAUAGAAGAGGAUCCCACGGACCUCGCCCCCGAAAAUCGGAUGCAAGAAUUUUGGGCGUGGCUAAUUUGACUCGGCGAGUUACCAAGGAUUUAUCAAAUGUUUUGCAUGUCCCAUCCUCCUUCGCUAUUCUCUGUUGUCGAGACUUUCAUAUCUCUUACCAUUUACGUUGAGAGGCGUCAACCAUUCGUCAUGUAAUACGUCACAUAAACUAUCCUCGACAAUUGCGUAGAAGCUGUGGAUUGGUAACGCUGUGACUUCUGAUGCCACGAUCACUCUUAACUCCGUUGACAACUCUAACCCCUAGUGGCUACCUUCC